AUGCGCGGACAUCUGGUCCUUUUAAUCGGCGACGUCGUUGAGACAGACGACAGCUAUAUUUCAUUUUCGUAUUAUUCCCUCGCAAGCUUCGAACCGCAAAGAAUGGUGUGUAUAGAGGCGACUUCACGUGUUUGUGUGAUAGUUUUUGCAUGGGCUUUCCAUUGCGCAUCAGGAGAAUAUUGUUGUGAUCGUGGUCAAAGCACUAUUGGCAAAUGUGCUAGAUCUUGUAUUGGAGAACCGUGUGAAGAUGAUAACCACUGCGGAUCAGAUGAAUCUUGUUGUGAUCGUGGUCAAAGUGCUAUUGGCAAGUGUGCUAGAUCUUGUGUUAGGAAAUCGUGUACAAGGGUAAACCACUGCGCAUCGGGUGAAUAUUGUGAUGGCGACGAGAAAAAAUGUUUCAGCACUCAUGUUCCAAGAAAUUUGUGUUUCUCAGAUGUCGACUGUUGUCAUGGGCUUUGUUGCGUUUUUAAUGAGACGCGGAAAAUUAAAAGGUGUUUUACAACUUGUAUCGGGCAACCGUGCAACUCUGUCGAUGACUGCUCUACCGGACAAUGUUGUGACGACGAUAAAAAAUGUAAAUCAACACGAAAUUGCGAUAGAGAAAGUAAACGUCGUUGGAAACUCGUAGUCAGCGUGGGUAUCCCAGUUACUGUCAUUGUCAUUAUCGCAAUAGCAUGGUUAUAUCAUGUGGUCGUCAGCAGCUAG